AAUGACUAUUUCUAUCUUUUAGGGAGCAGACGCAUACUCGUCAGAAGUUCAUGCAAUUGUUUAUCAGACCCUGAAAAACAGGGUCUCCGUCUUUGUUUCUACACGGCCAAAGAUCCCAUCCUAUAUCACACUUGCCCAAACCUCACGUCUCUUACCUUUGUUUCUUCUCGCUUUCCUUUUCCUUCUUCUUCUUCUUCUUCUUUUGGAUGUGUACAAAUCAUGCGUUGAGACCCAGAAACACAGCUAUGCUGGUACCUCUGUGCUGAACCCACUUUCCCCUGUUUCUUGUUUCUGCAAAUAAUGGCCACCAUUUCCUUAGUGCCCAAGUUGAGCUCUUCUGAUUGUGGGCAGGCCCUUCAGUUCCUUUUUCCCAACUGCAAAUUCAGAAGCACACAACUCUUUCAUCAUAGAAAGUGUCAUGGGAGGCGAGCUGGGCUUCCUCAGAAUCGUGGGUUUCGUGUCUCUUGCCUAUCAAAGACAGAUGAAGUGCAGAUAAGAAGGUAUUCACCAUUUCUAGAAAGUGCAUUACUACAUGGUAAUGGUACCUUGGUAGCCGAUGAGUGGCAGGCAGUUCCUGAUAUUUGGAGAACUUCAGCUGAGAAAUAUGGGGAUCGUGUAGCAUUAACAGAUCCGUACCAUGAUCCACCUUCAAAUAUGACCUAUAAACAGCUGGAACAGGAGAUUUUGGACUUCUCUGAAGGCCUAAGAAUUGUUGGAGUAAAGCCUGUAGAAAAAAUUGCACUUUUUGCUGAUAAUUCUUGUCGUUGGCUUGUUGCAGAUCAGGGCAUAAUGGCCACUGGAGCAAUCAAUGUGGCAAGAGGUUCAAGGUCAUCAGUUGAAGAAUUGAUACAAAUAUACAAUCACUCUGAAAGUGUUGCACUUGCUGUGGAUAGUCCUGAAUUGUUCAAUCGGAUUGCAGAACCAUUCUGUUCCAAGGUUGUCAUGAAAUUUGUAAUUCUGCUUUGGGGGGAGAAGUCAAGCCUGGCCAGUCGUGGAAACAUCCCUGUGUUUAACUACAAGGAUAUUCUAGAUUUGGGACGAGAAAACCGCAAGCGUAUGCUUAAUUCUAAUGAUGCACGGAAAUACUAUACACAUGAAGCUAUCAAUUCAAAUGAUAUUGCUACACUAGUAUAUACAAGUGGAACAACAGGCAACCCGAAAGGUGUCAUGCUCACUCAUCGAAAUUUAUUACAUCAGAUAAGAAACCUCUGGGAUGUUGUUCCUGCUGAAAUUGGGGACAGAUUUCUCAGUAUGCUUCCACCAUGGCAUGCCUAUGAACGAGCUGCUGAGUAUUUCACAUUUACAAAUGGAAUUGAACAAGUAUACACAACUGUAAAGAACUUGAAGGAUGAUCUGCGACAUUAUCAUCCAAAUUAUGUCGUUUCAGUUCCUUUAGUGUACGAGACACUUUACAGGGGGAUCCAGAAACAGAUUUCUACAAGUUCUAAAGCUCGUAAGCUUAUUGCACUUUCAUUCCUAAGUAUCAGUUCGGCAUACAUGGAGUUUAAGAGAAUUUAUGAGGGGACAUAUUUGACAAGGAACCAGAAGCAGCCUUCAUAUUAUGCUUCACUAGUUGAUUGGAUCGGGGCAAGGAUUGUUGCUGCAAUAUUAUGGCCUUUGCAUGUGAUGGGAACAAAACUAGUGUAUAGUAAAAUUCACUCUGCUAUCGGAAUAUCAAAGGCUGGCAUCAGUGCAGGAGGUAGUUUGCCAGCACAUAUUGAUAAAUUUUUUGAGGCAAUAGGCGUAAAACUGCAGAAUGGAUAUGGUUUAACAGAGAGUUCUCCUGCUGUUGCUGCUCGGAGACCAAACUGUAAUGUUCUUGGUUCAGUUGGGCAUCCACUUCAACAUACAGAGUUCAAAGUUGUAGACUCUGAAACUGGUGAAGUUCUCCCACGUGGUUCAAGUGGCAUUGUAAACGUCAGGGGUCCGCAAGUGAUGAAAGGAUAUUACAAGAUUGAGGAACUUGAAGAUAAGUUGAGGGAGCAAGAGAAACAGUUACUUGAAUACAAGUUCAGGGUGGUGCAAGAGAAGCAGUUACUUGAAGACAAGUUGAGGGAGCAAGAGAAGCAGUUACUUGAAGACAAGUUGAGGGAGCAAGAGAAGCAGUUACUUGAAGACAAGUUGAGGGGGCAAGAGAACCAGUUGCAGUGUACUCAACUUUUUGCUGAUGUAGUAAGGGUGACUCCUCAUGAAGGAAAGACUCGCAUAAGAGAUGAAAUAACGAAUGAUGUUGAUCCUUCUAUCUUAAGGGCUUCAAAUUCACUAAACCGCUGGAUGAGUCAAGGGUCCACAUCACUAAGAGGACACGAUUCUCUCCAUGAGAAAAGAAGGAAAAGAGAGUUUAAAAGUGGUGAGACGGAGAACUUCCACAGGCUGUCAACUUCUUUAUAUGACAACAAAUCUAGGAAAUCUGAUCCUCCUAAGAUUGCAAGAAUCACAAGACCAUCAAAGCCAACUGCUACUCAAGGUCCCAAAUCGCGAAUUGCGUAUCAUGAACUGAACACACAUUUCACUAAUUACAAAACUCAAGCCACUCUAACACACACCCGCCCAAUACCCAACACCCCAAAACCCAAAAUUCUCAUCAUCCCAAGCUCAAUUCAAUCAAAUAUCCACUAACCCAGAACACAAAAAUCAGUGACAGAAUCAAAGACCCUUCCUUUAAAGUUGAUCAAAUAAGCAAAUGGAAUUGAGAACCAUACCGAGUGAGUGAUCUGGUGGACGAGGAGAGAAGGGCGUGCUCGGAAAAGAGACG